AUGCUAACAUCGUUAGCGAAACACGCGUCGAGGCCUUCCAUCUGUUCACCGUCCAAAGAAGCCGACAAAGUGGCCAAAUUCGAAGGCAAGCUGUUUUCGGCAGUUAACAAUUUCUUUACUACUUCGCCCUUCGUUAACCAGAUAAAAGAUCUAAUGACGAAACAAAACGACCAAACCGAAGCCCACGAGGGCGUACAAAGUUUCACAAAAAUUGACGAGCCAAUUACCGAACUCCUAAAAAACAAACAUCAAACAGAAAAAGAGAAAACAGCAGACAAACAACAACAAAACAUAUCAUCUAGACUGAGCUGCGUUUCGAAAAGCCAAAUGAAAGAGUUUCGAGAAGCAUUUCGGCUUUUUGACAAAGACGGCGAUGGCAGUAUAACCAAAGAAGAACUAGGAAGGGUCAUGAGGUCUUUAGGUCAGUUUGCUAGAACUGAAGAACUUCAACAGAUGCUGCAGGAGGUUGAUGUAGACGGGGAUGGUAACGUUAGUUUCGAAGAGUUCCUUGAUAUGGCGUGGACAGCAGGAGCUGGAUCUGAUCCUGACCAAGUAUUAUCCCGCGAAGAAGAAGAAAAAGAAUUAAGGGACGCCUUUAGGGUGUUUGAUAAACACAAUAGGGGUUACAUUACCGCUUCAGAUUUAAGAGCUGUGUUGCAAUGUCUGGGGGAAGACUUAUCGGAAGAAGAAAUUGAAGAUAUGAUCAAAGAAGUCGACGUAGAUGGAGAUGGAAGGAUCGAUUUUUAUGAAUUUGUUAAUGCUCUUGGAGAGCCAGGUAAUGAUGAUAGCUGCGAAGAAGACGAUGAUGAAUAUGCCGGGUAUUAAAAAAUACAACUUAUAUUAACUAUUUUAUUAUUUUAAAUUUAAUAAUUUUUGUUUACGAGUAACGACUAUUACCUCCAAUAAAGUUAGAAUCUAAAUGCGUGAAACUUAAUUCAUAAAUUAAUAUUUAAAUAUUAAGAAAUAUUAGCUCAUGAGUUUUGUCUGUUACUUUUCCCAUUUAGGCAAUUCCCAAUUAGGAAGUAAUUUUUAUGUAACUUCAUUAUCGAAAUUAAUUAUUUGUGUUUGACGAGAGUCCAAAAGUAAUUUCAUAUACGCAUGAGUGUGUUUUUAAGUGGCGACAUUAUAACAAUGCGUCUAUUAUAUUAAAAAAAAACAUUAAAUAUUUAAACCAAUAUCGUACCUUUUCUUAUUGUGAUGUGAUAACUAUUUUUAAUUACUUAUUUAAGUGCUAUUAGAU